GCUGGUCAGAUGCCUUGCUCAAUGCGUUUAUUGUUAUUUACAUUAAUAGCUCAUUUUAUUACUUUCAACAAUGCUGCUAAUAUUUUAGCCUUGUUUCCGAUGGUAACUAAAAGUCAUUCAAUGAUUGGAUAUGAUUUGUGUGAAACGUUAGCAAAACGAGGACAUAAUGUUACUCACGUAAGUGCUUUUCCAAGAGGAACCAAAUUACAAAAUUAUCAUGAAGUGGAUUUAAUUGAUUUUGUUAAUCCUUUCCAAGCAACACAAAAUGGGAGUAAUGGUAUACUGACAACUUUUAAUAAGAACGUGGUUACUCAUACAAAUGAAGUUUUCGAUUUUCUUACUGAAGUAACCGAUACUGUUUUAAAAGAUAGACACCUACAAAAAAUAUUACAUUCAAAACAAAAAUUUGAUGUUAUUAUAAUGGGAGCAUUUGCUCAGGAAGCGUUACUAGGUAUCGGUCAUCAUUUUAAUGCACCAAUAAUCAUAACAUCACCACCUGGAAUGUGUACGUAUGUAGAUGAUUUAGUUGGAAACCCUGCACCAUUUUCUUAUGUUCCAAAUAUUAUGUUAAAUUAUUCGGAUCGGAUGACAUUUUUUCAACGAUUAGUGAACUCAUUGUUUGGUUUUUAUAUAAAUAUUUACAAACAAGUCGUUCAUUAUCCAGCCCAAAAUAAAAUUUUGCAUAAAUAUUUCCCAAGUGCUCCUGAUCUACAUGAGUUGACAAAGAAUGUAGCCAUUAUAUUCAGUAAUUCACAUGAAACUACUUUAUAUCCUCGACCAUUUGUCCCAAAUGUUGUACAAGUUGCUGGAUUACAUGUGGUACAGCCAAAACCCUUGCCUACUGAGUUGCAAAUGCUUAUGGAAAAUGCUCCAUACGGCAUUAUUUACUUUAGUUUGGGAUCAAAUAUCCGUAGUCAAGAAAUGCCAGUUGAAAUUAAAAAAAGUUUUAUCGGGGCCUUUUCGAAAUUAAAACAAAAAGUGUUAUGGAAAUGGGAUGAAUCAACUAUUGAAGGUUUAUCGGAUAAUGUUCACCUUGGUAAAUGGUAUCCACAAACAGACAUAUUAGCACAUCCGAACGUCAGACUUUUUAUAACACAUGGUGGACGCUUAAGUACAAUUGAAGCUCUCGUACGAGGUGUUCCUUUGAUUGGAAUACCAAUGUUUGCUGAUCAGUUUAUUAAUAUGAAUAUUGCCAACAAACAUGGAUAUUGUCUAAUGUUAGAUUAUCAAAAUAUUACCGAAGAAACAAUUUCUAAUGCAAUCAAUGAAGUUCUUUCUACUAAAAAAUACUUUGAAAAUGUAAAACGGCAUUCAAACAUUAUAAAUGAUCAAUUAGUGCAUCCAUUAGACAAAGCCGUUUAUUGGGUAGAAUAUGUAAUUCGACAUAAAGGUGCUCCACAUCUACGAUCAGCUGGUGCAGAUAUACCAUUGUAUCAAUAUUUAUUACUUGAUGUAAUUGGAUUCAUUUUAUUGAUUUUAUUGUUAAUAUUUAGUAUUAUUUAUUUUAUUGUAAAAAAUGUAAGACAAUAUUUUAAACAUUUCCUUAAAGCCAAACAUACAAAUAUUAGAAAACGUAAAACUGAAUAAUAAACCAUCUACUUUAUUUUGUUGGUAUUA